AUGGCUGACGACAAGGUCGGCGCCCCGGCGCUCGACACCACCAUCGAGUCGGGCAACUUUGACGAGAAGAAGGCGCAACAGCAGCAGGCUGCCGAGCAGGCGCCGCCCAAGAAGGUGGCGGCCGUCGAGGACGACGACGAUGAUGACGAGGACAUCGAUGCCCUGAUCGAGGAUCUCGAAUCCCAGGAUGGCCACGGCAUCGAGGAGGAGGAGGAGGAGGGCACCCCCGGCGGCGGCCGCGUCGUCCCCGAGGACAUGCUCCAGACGGACAGCCGCGUCGGUCUCACCGAGGCCGAGGUCGUCGCCCGCCGCCGCAAGUACGGCCUGAACCAGAUGAAGGAGGAGAAGGAGAACCUCAUCCUCAAGUUCUUCUCCUACUUUGUCGGUCCCAUCCAGUUCGUCAUGGAGGCUGCCGCCGUCCUCGCCGCCGGUCUCGAGGACUGGGUCGAUUUCGGUGUCAUCUGCGCUCUGCUCCUGCUCAACGCCUGCGUCGGCUUCAUCCAGGAGUUCCAGGCUGGUUCCAUCGUCGAGGAGCUGAAGAAGACGCUCGCCCUCAAGGCCGUCGUCCUCCGUGACGGCACCCUCAAGGAGAUCGAGGCCCCCGAGGUCGUCCCCGGUGACAUCCUGCAGGUGGAGGAGGGUACGAUCAUCCCCGCCGACGGCCGCAUCGUCACCGAAGAUGCUUUCCUCCAGGUCGACCAGUCCGCCAUCACUGGUGAGUCGCUUGCCGUCGACAAGCACAAGGGCGACAACUGCUUCGCCUCGUCGGCCGUGAAGCGUGGCGAGGCUUUCGUCAUCGUCACCUCGACCGGCGACAACACCUUCGUCGGCCGCGCCGCCGCUCUCGUCUCCCAGUCGGCCGGUGGCACUGGUCACUUCACCGAGGUGCUCAACGGCAUCGGCACAAUCCUCCUCGUCCUCGUCAUCGCCACCCUCCUCGUCGUCUGGAUCUCCUCCUUCUACCGCUCCAACCCCAUCGUCGACAUCCUGCGCUUCACCCUGGCCAUCACCAUCGUCGGCGUCCCCGUCGGUCUCCCCGCCGUCGUCACCACCACCAUGGCCGUCGGCGCCGCCUACCUCGCCAAGAAGCAGGCCAUCGUCCAGAAGCUGUCGGCCAUCGAGUCCCUCGCCGGCGUCGAGAUCCUCUGCUCCGACAAGACGGGCACCCUGACCAAGAACAAGCUGUCCCUCUCGGAGCCCUUCACCGUGCCCGGCGUCGACCCCGACGACCUCAUGCUCACGGCCUGCCUCGCCGCCUCGCGCAAGAAGAAGGGCAUCGACGCCAUCGACAAGGCUUUCCUCAAGGCCCUCAAGUACUACCCCCGCGCCAAGAGUGUCCUGUCCAAGUACAAGGUGCUCGAGUUCCACCCCUUCGACCCCGUCUCCAAGAAGGUGCAGGCCGUUGUCGAGUCCCCCCAGGGCGAGCGCAUCACCUGCGUCAAGGGUGCUCCCCUCUUCGUCCUCAAGACCGUCGAGGAGGACCACCCCAUCCCCGAGGCCAUCGACAAGGCGUACAAGAACUGCGUCGCCGAGUUCGCCACCCGUGGCUUCCGCUCCCUCGGUGUCGCCCGCAAGCGCGACGGUGGUGCUUGGGAGAUUCUCGGCAUCAUGCCCUGCUCGGACCCUCCCCGCCACGACACGGCCCGCACCAUCAACGAGGCCAAGAUUCUCGGUCUGUCCAUCAAGAUGCUGACCGGUGACGCCGUCGGCAUCGCCCGUGAGACGUCGCGCCAGCUCGGUCUCGGCACCAACGUCUACAACGCCGAGCGUCUCGGUCUCGGCGGCGGCGGUGACAUGCCUGGUUCCGAGGUCUACGAUUUCGUCGAGGCCGCCGACGGCUUCGCCGAGGUCUUCCCCCAGCACAAGUAUGCCGUCGUCGAGAUUCUUCAGCAGCGUGGCUACCUCGUCGCCAUGACGGGUGACGGCGUCAACGAUGCUCCCUCUCUGAAAAAGGCCGACACCGGCAUCGCCGUCGAGGGUGCCUCCGACGCCGCCCGCUCCGCCGCCGACAUUGUCUUUCUCGCCCCCGGCCUGGGUGCCAUCAUCGACGCCCUCAAGACGUCUCGCCAGAUCUUCCACCGCAUGUACGCCUACGUCGUCUACCGUAUCGCCCUGUCCCUGCACAUGGAGAUCUUCCUCGGCCUCUGGAUCGCCAUCCUCAACCGCAGCUUGAACAUUGAGCUCGUCGUCUUCAUCGCCAUCUUCGCCGACGUCGCCACCCUCGCCAUCGCCUACGACAACGCUCCCUUCUCGCCCACGCCCGUCAAGUGGAAUCUGCCCAAGCUCUGGGGCAUGUCUAUCCUUCUCGGUGUCGUCCUGGCCGUCGGUACCUGGAUCGCCCUCACCACCAUGUACGUCGGCGGCGAGGACGGCGGUAUCGUCCAGAACUUUGGUGACAUCGAUGCCGUCCUCUUCCUCGAGAUCUCCCUCACCGAGAACUGGCUCAUCUUCAUCACCCGCGCCAACGGUCCCUUUUGGUCGUCCAUUCCUUCGUGGCAGCUCAGCGGCGCCGUCUUCAUCGUCGACGUCAUCGCCACCCUCUUCUGCGUCUUCGGAUGGUUCGUCGGCAGCCAGACCAGCAUCGUCGCCGUCGUCCGUAUCUGGAUCUUCUCCUUCGGCAUCUUCGCCGUCAUGGGUGGUCUCUACUACUUCAUGCAGGGAUCGGCCGGCUUCGACAACCUCAUGCACGGCAAGUCGCCCAAGCGCAACCAGAAGCAGCGAUCGCUGGAAGACUUUGUUGUCUCCCUCCAGCGUGUGUCCACCCAGCACGAGAAGUCGCAGUAA